GUUCAGACGGUUUCCUGCAAACUUUACUCAGUCAAAAUACAGCCUGUGAGGAUGAGUGCUGGACGAGCAUCUGAGGGACCUGGCUGCAUCGCCUGGUGGGGCUUCAGUCCUGCGCUCGACUUGCUGAGAAUGGGCCCUGCGAGACAUGAAGAGGAGGUCAAUGUUUUACUGGUUGGAAGUGGAGAUCCCCGUCAUAUUUUGAAGACCAUUGCUGGUUUGCAGAAUGGAGAAAGCCUUCAUGUGUGGGUGAUAGAAAACAGCAUGGAAGUGGUGGCUAGACAACUGCUGCUCCUCUACCUGGCACUGAUGCCCCAGGAAAGCAUGGGACUCAAUGAGAAGACAGAGGUUUACCUUGAGGUGUUUGGGAACAGUGAGAUCCGCAGUCAAACAGAGGAAAUACUGAGACGUGCAGCAUCACAGCUCUCUCUGUGUGUUACUGAAACAAUGGAGACAGCAACACACCCUUGUCUGAACACAACUCUUCUCAAGUUCAAGGAGCGAGAUGAGCUGGACAGAAUAUUCAAAUUGUGGAUCAGGCCUCAGUUUUCAUCAUCUUCAUCUGAGUCUUCUGGUCCUAUUCUCAUGUCCAAAGCCUGGGAUUAUCGGGUCAGGCAGCACCUUGGAACGCGCUACGACUCCAAGAAAGGCUGCUUCGAUUGGGACCUUACAAUGAAACUACACGAGAAGGGGUGUGGUGUCAUCAACAAACAACAAUAUGUGCAGUGGAGAGAACGGGGUUUGGCAUUUGAAAUGAGGGAAGGUGCCUACCAAAUAACCAAUGCAAGUUUGCUGUCAUUAAGAGUGUUCAGUCAGAGAAGAAACAAAGUGGCUGUGAGGGGUUACUGGGGAGACAUAGUAUCCAGUCCUUACCUCUCGUUUGGCAUUGAAACUGAUGACAAGAGCCUACUGAAGAAACAGAAUGGGCAACAUAUUAAGACAGCCCAGGAUAUCUCCUUUGCAAAUGUGCAGGCAUUGUUCCAGUCCCUGUCCAGUAGACGGGGCUGCCCCUCUACUUCUGAGCCAGACACAGAGGGAGAGGAGCCAUUAUCACAGACUGACCAAAAAUCCGUCACUAUUAAUGACUUGAUGCACCUGAAUGGGAUCUCUGUGACCUUCCUGCCUCUGGACUCACUUUACAAACUGCCAGAAAAACAGAAAUAUUCCCAAUUCUUCAACACCAUUUACUUUUCUACCAGCUGCGUGCACCAGUUGGGCCCGACGAUGAGACAGAUUGCAGCACCAGACGCUGUGGUUGUCAUGGAGUUGGCAAAGUACAUUUUGGAUCUGAACAAAGAGCAAGAAGCAGGCUUUGCAAAGAAAGUGGUGAGCAUCGCUCUGGAGGCUGGAUUUGAACCGUGGCAUGAGGGGAAGAGUGAUGACGUCCAUGCUGUUUUCAUACCACAGAAGAAGUAGAAGUGCUUAAUUUCAGCAUAGCCGUUUACUCUGCUCCCGCUGUCAGUAUCUUUACAUUUACUUGAUGCACCAGAUUGUCAGUCAAGGUGACAUUGUUUCACAGCACAGACAAUUUACAAGAUCUUAUGCAGACAGAAUUCAUUUGUCCUUCACAAGGAAGUUUACCUGCUAAUGAGUUGCAACUGUGCAGUGCUAGCUGUUCAUUCUGAUUUGGUUUUUAAUUGUUCUACUUAUCAUUUGUGAUAGAAGCUGUGUAUUUUUCCAUGUUUGAUUUUUCAAUAAUAAUAAUGAAUCAGAUUUCAUUUCCAAUUUGGUUGACACUGAUGCAAAAUGUCCAUUUCAUUUAUACAUGCAUUUUAUUAAUUACAGAUGUAAUUGCAAGUGGAUUCAAUAAAUGUCGCACAAAAAUCUAUCUUAUCUCUCUUGAAUGACGAACACUGCAAAUUUGCUGCAAUCUCAUCCUGAGACAAGUGAACUGUCU